UCUAAGGCCUGGAAAGUCGCUGCAUCCAAGGCUGGAAAGGGAAGUAGGGGCCGUAGUACACCUCGACUUGUUAUUCAUGCCCCUCGGAGAUCAUGACUACAACUAUAUCUUCGAUGCACGCGACAACCUAUCUGGGUUCAUAGAUGGGCGAGUCAUCCGUGCGAAGACAGGACCAGUCCUGGUUAGUUGCAUCGAGGAGUAUUACCUGCGAUAUCCUUUCAUCAGAGAGUUCGUGAUGGACAGGGGAUCGGAAUUCACUUGCCAGGAGGUGCAAAAAUUGUUGUCACGGUCUGACUUUGCGAAGACAGCCAUGCCAAGAGGAGGGAGGGGGACACGGCCGCCGCGGAGGCCGUUGGGAGCUUCAGGAGGAUACGAGCGGCAUAGGCCUUACCCCCGAACGAGCACGCUAGUGUAUGACGACAGGGAUAUUGAGUUAUUCCUGGACGAGUUCUGGGGGUACGCUGAUCAUAUGGGAUGGACCGUGACCCAGACGAUUGAGAGGUUGAGGGGCGUUGGCAGGUUCGCAGAGCCCAUCGCUCAGAUCCAUAGGGAGGCGAGGACGAGGUCAGAGGUGGAGGCAAGGAUGCAGAAACUACGACCAUCACCUGUUGGACCGAAUGGCAGGCCUAUUCGCUUGGAAAUUGGGAAUGCAGAGGAGUUCAUCCCUGCGUUCGAACAGUUCAUGCACAACCAAGGCAUAUUGAGGGACGAGUGGGCGACGACACUACCCCUAUGGACUCGGAAAGCGGAAAGGCCUUUAGCCAGACAGAUCAGGGAUAUGGCCCGAGAUUGGGAGGGCUGCAGGGCACAUUUGAGGGCGGCAUUCCGACAACCAGAGCCGCCUCAACCCAAAGUCGAGAGACGCCUGAGGAGCGGGAGGCAGAGGGACCCUGAGCCCGCCGAGACCAGACCGUCACGAAGGGGACGGAAGGCACUUGCACGUAGAGAAGGGGAAACGGUACCUGAGACUAAGAGGAAUGGGGCGUACCCCGAGUGCGGAUUGGGGCCAGUGGGGUUUCAUCAUUUUAUUGAAGGUGGGCUGAGAGGAUCUCCGCUGCCUACACAGGAGGAGGUGCCAACAUCUGGAGGGCCUUUGCAGGAGCUGGAAGCACAUUUGGACGUCUCCCAGUGGAGAGUACCGCCAAUGAGUGAGAAGCACGUUGAACCAAUUGAGGAAGUGCCACGAGAAGAAGUUCCGAGCCCUGGACAUGAGAAGGGACCAAGUGCUGGAGGAGGCGGUGCUGAGGAUGAGGUCAUAGAGGUUGAGGAGGAUACCCCUCCUCAGACGCCAGUUGUGGGCCUGAGGCUUGGGAGCCCGUCGGGGGACGCACCCAGCAGAGGAGAGGGAUCACAAAAGGAGGAGGUCACAACAGCACUGCCAGAGACAGUCCCGUCGCCAGAGGAAACGAAAGAAGGUGAAGUUGAGAGAGUCGGUCUAAGAAGGGAAGCAGAUACCUUGAUUGACAGUCAUCUGGCCGCUCAUGCCUUGGAGCAUCCUGAUCUGGAGGAGCCCAUGCCUGUGGAGUUGCCUCAUGAGCCAUGUCAGGCCGAGAGAGAGGUGGGAGCAGAGGUCCUAGAGGAGGCCGACCGCCGCACAGAGGAGAGAGUACCCGCAGAGGAAACAGUUGAGGAGAAGAGGGCCAGAGUGGAGAGACGUUGGGAGGAGAUUGGGCAGGAAAGACAGAGAUUGGAAGAAGCAGGAGUGCUCCCAGAUCCACCCCCGCCCUACAGGCCGUAUGGACUCAGGGAGAUGUGGGGGGAGUUCUUGGAGCAAUACGGCAAGAGUUUAACGGCUCCAGACAGGGCAGAAAUCGAGACCUCAAGGAAGGCAAAUGAGUACGUGGACCGGAGGAUCCGCUCCCUAUCCAAGACCUCCUUCAACAGAUAUAUGAUGUUGGAGGCAAAUCUGAGAGGUAAGGAGUUGAGAGAGACAGGUAUUGAGGCACGAUUGGAGGCCGUCGAGGCAGAGGUCCACGAGCUCAGAACUUUGGUGGCUAGUCAGACCGCCAUUAUUAAGGAUUUGAGGCAGCAGCGUCGAAGCGGCGUGGAUGGGGCAGAAAGCAGUAGGCAGGGAGAGCAGAGGCAGCCAGGACAGGACCUUUCAGAGAAGCCACCCGCGGCUGAUCCUUGGCAGGAGGCACCCAUGGGGAGAGUCAUUUUGGAACCUGAGGCGGCAAAGGCCAAGAGGGAAACAGAGAGGGAAGCCUUCGAAUUCAGAGCCCCUACGGAACUUGCUAUACUGCCCACAGUAAUGACAGGUCCCACCACGUCACCCUCAGUUGAGGAGGGACUACCGGCAGCCAGUGGCGAGCCAGUCCAAGGCUCAACAAAGGGGGCUAUGGAUGUGUUGCUUGAGGUGGUACACACUACGCAGGAGGGCAAGCCGGCACGAGAGUCUAGUAGUUGCGUGCCUAGCUAGAAGAAGGACCGAGGAUAGGGCCGUUUUCAUAGGUCGGGGGCUAUGCAGCACCACUUUAUAUGGGAUUCCGCGGAGGCCAAUACCAGGCUU